GACCUCCUAGGUAUCACAAAGCGAGGGAAAAAGCAGUUUAUGGGACAUAAGAUCAAAACUGUCGUUGACUUGCGCUUAGAGCAUGAUUAUGACAGUAUCCCCGGCUUACCGGGUGUCGAAUGGUUAUCGGUCCCUUCAGAGGAGCAACCAGCUGCAACUACCAAGGAGAUCAUUGAGUUGCUCGAGGACUACCAAACAAAUGUAUUGGAGGCAUUCAUGAUACAUUAUGCCAGGGUGCUGGAGGUAUCAGGAAAAAUCUUCGAACUUUUCUUCACUCAUCUCAGGGACAAGCCCAAUGUACCGGUUCUAGUCCAUUGCUCUGCUGGGAAAGAUAGGACGGGGUUAGCGAUAGCUCUGCUUCUAAAGAUCCUCGGAGUCGACGAUUAUGAUAUCGUUCAUGAUUAUGCCCUGUCGAGCGUUGGCCUAGGUACUGCAAUCCCAGGCCUCAUAACCAGCUUUGGCAAUAAUAAUGAGGUAUAUCGGGGAAAUCCUAUAGGAUUGAUGAACUUCCUCAGUUCAAAUCCCGACACAAUGGCUAUGAUGCUGGUGCAAUUAUGGGAAAGUUUUGGUGGGGCAGAGAACUAUUUGAUGACACAUACGAGUUUACGAUGCGAAGAUAUAGAUACAAUUCGCAAGAACUUGCUUGUGGAAUAGAGAAGAACGGUGAUCAGUGGCAUAACAUGUAUUAUACGAACAGACAACUUGUGCAAAAUAAGGGGAAAAGUACAG